GAAUACCGUGUAUAUGCGACCAUCUGCUACUACGAAUCACGAAGUGCAGUCGUCGAUCGACCAAUCGGGCCAUUGUCUGACGCUGUGGUCCACCACUUACUGGUAUCUGAAAUGUCCUCGCUCGAAGCUCUCGUGCAAGAGUGGUUGCGCCUCGAUAGAAAUGAAGAGACACAUCGCGAGAUUGAGAAGCUAUAUGCAGCUGGCGAGACAGCUGAACUUGAGAAACGCUUGAGGAAACACAUCGAGUUUGGCACUGCGGGUCUCAGGGGUCGAAUGGAAGCGGGAUUCUCGCGUAUGAACGACCUUAUCAUUAUCCAAGCUUCUCAGGGUCUGUGCGCAUAUGUCUUGAAGAUGGUCGCUGAUGCUGCGACAAGAGGUGUCGUAGUCGGUCAUGAUCAUCGGCACAAUUCAGAAAGAUGGGCGGCUUUGACGGCCGCUGUCUUCAUAGCAAACAACGUUAAAGUCUAUCUUCACGAAGGACUCAUCCACACUCCACUCGUUCCGUUUAGCGUAAAGAAACUCAAUGCGGCUUGUGGCAUCAUGAUCACCGCAAGCCACAAUCCAAAGUAUGACAAUGGUUACAAAGUAUACUGGGAGAACGCUGUCCAGAUCAUCGAACCUCACGAUAAGGGAAUAUCCGACUCGAUCAAGGCCAAUCUGGAGCCUAAGACUUGGGAAACCAACGGCAUCAGGUCCUCUUCCCUAUGUAUAGACCGUACAGCCGAGAUGCAAGAAGCAUACUUCGCCAGUCUAUCCGCAUUAUGCAUUGACAGGUCUUUGAACGGCGGAGCAUCCUUGAAAUUCGUCAACACUUCGAUGCAUGGAGUUAGCCACCCCUUCAUGGUCAGAGCGUUCAAGACGUUCGGUUUCGCUCCAUUUAUUGCCGUCAAAGAGCAACAGCAACCCGACCCAGACUUUCCGACAGUAAAGUUCCCCAAUCCGGAAGAGAAGGGGGCAUUGGAUCUCGCAAUGGCCACAGCUGAUAGAUGUUCAGCUGACUACGUGCUGGCUCAGGAUCCAGACGCAGACCGAUUUGCUGCAGCAGAAAUAAGUGCCAACGGCAAACGGAUUAUGUUUACAGGCGACCAGCUAGGUACUCUCUUUGCUAGCGCGGUUCUAGUCCGGUACAAAGCCUCUGGGAAGCCUAUUGGGAAACUUGCCAUGGUCGCCUCGACUGUCAGCUCGAAAAUGAUCGAGACUAUGGCGCAUAUAGAAGGCUUCAAGUUUGCGGAAUGUCUUACGGGCUUCAAAUUCAUCGGGAACACUGCGCUAGCAUUAGAACGCGAGGGCUAUGAAGUUCCCUUCGGAUACGAAGAAGCCAUUGGGUUCAUGUUUGGUUCAGAGAUUAGGGACAAGGAUGGCGUUGCGGCUAGCAUGGUAUUCGCGGAGAUGGUUGCGACACUGCAUGCGCAGGGCAAGACCGCCAGUUCGCAUUUAGAAGAAUUGUAUCAACGAUAUGGAUAUUUCCAGACUAGUAACAGCUACUUCGUCUGCAACGACACACCAACGAUCGAUAGGAUAUUCGCUAAUUUGCGAGACUACGACGACACAGCAACUUCUGCUCGUCCGAGCUAUCCACGCACCAUUGCCGGGCUGACCGUUACUGGUAUACGUGACCUCACGAUCGGAUACGAUAGCUCGAAUCCUCCGACUUACAAGCCUACUUUGCCGCUAUCUUCGGGGCACAUGAUCCAGUUUAGGGCAGAAUCUGCUGUGGAUGCGACGAAGAUCACGUUGACGACGAGAACGAGCGGGACCGAACCGAAGAUCAAGUACUACCUUGAAGGUAGUGGCAAAGACGCCGAAAAAGUGCGCUCGCUGCUGCCCAAGGUGGUCGAAGAAUUGGCCACCGAAUGGAUGGAGGCAGAGAAGAACGGAUUGGCUCGCGCGUGAAACUGUAAUGAGAAAUAGGUGCAAUACACGCUCUCCCCAAAGCUUGCCAAUGGCAAUUCCAACGGACCGAUGUCUCAUGUGUGAAGCUCUGUAUAUGAGCAUGCGGAUACAAUUGCAUUCGGAAACAAAGAGACAAUGAUAAUAUACAAUAUUC